GACAAUUACUAAUAAGUUCAAAAGACACGUUUUAGACGAUAGCUUGAAAUUAGGACAAAAACAGAAAAAAAUUCUGUUAUCAAAGGCUAAAAUCACUGGCAGAAAAGAAAACAUGGAUAAUAAUAUUGAUGAUAGCAAUAAUAGAGCUAUUAAUUUAGUCGAGAGUUCUGAUUUUUUGAAAGAUAAUUAUUUGUUAUCAUCAAGUUCAAUUAAAACUGCACGAGGUUUCUUCAUAUCUUCUUUCUUUAACAACAAGCCACAAGAUCUUGAUAGCACAUUACCUGGCUCAGAAGAGAGCAAGAUAGAAUCAAUUGAUAUAGAUCAAGAUGAAGAAGAAUCAGGAAGCUCAUGCAGAUAUUUUAUUAUUUGCUAA